AUGGCAGCGAAGUUUGUAGCGCGAGCGGUAUUUCCGCCAGUCGAGUCGCUUCCUAGAUCGUACUUCUUGGGCCAUCAUGCUGCAGGCCUCUCCAAGAUGAACACGCUGCUGUCGCAGAUUGACCUGAUUGUCGAGUGCCGUGACUACAGAGUACCACUAACUUCUCGUAAUCCCUUGUUUGAACAGAGUCUGGCAGGUCGCGAGCGCAUCAUCAUCUACACCAAGCGCGACUUGGGUAGCACCAACAAACCCGUAGACAAGGAGAGAGAGAACAUCAUUCGCAAAUGGCACAAGCCUUCCGAGGUCCUAUUCUCCGACCACAAGGACAAGAAAGACAUUCGCAAAGUCCUGGAUUUCGCGCGCCGCUACUUCGAAAACAGCACCUCUCUGACCGGAUCGCGCAUCAUGGUUGUGGGCAUGCCCAAUGUCGGAAAAUCAUCGCUGCUCAACGCACUACGCAAAGAAGGAGUUGGAAAAGGCAAGGCUGCACAUACGGGCGCACAACCAGGUGUGACACGCAAAAUCUCAACAAGCGUCAAGAUCAUCGACAGUACCGAAGACGGCGAGGGUGUCUACUUGCUCGACACUCCUGGUGUCUUCAUACCAUAUGUCCCAGACGCCGAGGCCAUGCUGAAGCUUGCCCUGUGUGGUAAUGUCAAGGACACCAUCAUCCCGCCUGCCACUCUCGCCGACUACCUUCUUUACCGCGUCAACCUCAUCGACCCCAAGCUCUACAAAGAAUACUGCCCGCCUACCAACGACAUUAUUGAAUUGCUUGAUGCCAUAGCCAACAAGACCGGCCGAUUGCAGAAGGGUGGUGAACCAGAUACCGAGGCCACCGCUCUCUGGAUGAUCCAACGCUGGAGAAAUGGUCUAUGGGGCCGCUUCCUUCUCGACGAAGUCACCGAAGACGGCCUGCAAAAGAGAAUCAUGGAAGAAUCGAGCAUGGGCGGCAGUAUGAACCAGGCACGACGAGCUGACAAGGAGGCUCGCAAGAUGCGCAAUAUCAAAAGGCAUGCCGGAACCAAUGAGUGA